AUGAUAAAUCGUAGGAGAGGAAAAAUAACUUCCCUCUACCCUUGGCAGGGAUGCCGGGCUAAGGCAUCACUUUUUUCUCGAAAGGCUGCUCCUAAACGGUCAAGCCCCUCUGGGUUACAAGUUAUCCGCUGUGGCCACUAUAACUCAAGGUCAUCUUUGGUAAAGUCAGCUGCUAUUCAACCUUACGAGAAAGUUUUAUUCCCCUGUGGCCUCACAGGGAGCCAGCAAAGUUUCGCUCCGACCCUGUCUGAAUCUGGGCCGGUCUGGGUUUUGAGCCGGAACCAGUCUGAACCGGAUUCAGGCAGAGCCACUAAACCAGGGCCGGGAUCCGAGGGGCGGGACGUCCGCCGACCGCCGCAGGGCGCGAGGCCGCAGCUCCGCGGCUCCGCAGCUAAACGCUUAGAAGGGUGCCAGGGAGGAGAUGCUUUUAUAGAGAAAGUGCGGAAUCAAGGUAGGAACGUGAUUGGCUGCAGCCAAAAGCCGAGUUGGCUGUUUGUGAUUGGUUUUAGUUUUUGUGGCUCAGUUGAAGAAGCGGAGAUUGAAAAAUUCCUGGCCCCACAGAGACGUGCCACACGAUCCCCAGCAGCGUCUACACUCCUCUCAUCUCCCAGCAAACCCCUCCCUGAAGUGACUGAUGAGUAUAAAAAUGAUGUAAAAAACAGAUCUGUUUAUAUUAAAGGCUUCCCAACUGAUGCAGCUCUUGAUGACAUAAAAGAAUGGUUGGAAGAUAAAGGUCAAGUGCUAAAUAUUCAGAUGAGAAGAACGUUGCACAAAGCAUUUAAGGGUUCAAUAUUUGCUGUAUUUGAUAGUAUUGAAUCAGCUAAAAAGUCUGUCGAAACCCCUGGCCAGAAGUACAAAGACACAGACCUGCUAAUACUUUUCAGGGAAGAUUACUUCACCAAAAAAAAUGAAGAAAGAAAGCAAAAUAAAAUGGAAGCUAAAUUAAGAGCUAAACAAGAGCAAGAAGAAAAACAAAAGCUAGCAGAAAGUGCUGAAAUGCCUUGUAUAUUUUUACAGAAAUCUCUAGAAGAAAAGAUUGGCUGCUUGCUGAAAUUUUCAGGAGACUUAGAUGAUCAGACGUGUAGAGAAGAUUUGCACACCCUUUUCUCAAAUCAUGGUGAAAUAAAAUGGAUACACUUUGUCAGAGGAGCCAAAGAGGGAAUAAUUCUUUUUAAAGAAAAAGCUAAGGAAGCACUGGAUAAAGCAAAAGAGGCCAAUAAUGGUAACCUACAACUAAGGAACAAAGAAGUCACCUGGGAAGUAUUAGAAGGAGAUGUGGAAAAAGAAGCACUGAAAAAAACAAUAGAAGAUCAACAAGAAUCUCUAAACAAAUGGAAGUCAAAAGGUCGCAGAUUUAAAGGAAAAGGAAAGGAAAAUAAAGCUGCCCAGGCUGGGUCUGCUAAAGGAAGAGUACAGUUUCAGGGCAAGAAAACUAAAUUUGAUAGUGAUGAUGAACGUGAUGCAAAUGGUGCAUCUGGAGCAGUAAAAAGAGCACGAGAAGAAAGAGACGAAGAAGAACCUCCAUCAAAACAACAGAAAACAGAAAAUGGUGCUGAAGACCAGUAGUUUAAUAAACAAAUUUUUUAUUCAUUUUAAUUAGAUUUUAAGCUGCUUUUGUCUUUGGAGGCUGUUAUAAAGAAAACCGAAUUAAAUCCACUUCGAUGUCUACCUGUAAGAAAGGAAGAUUUGUUGUUGUUAUUGUUGAACUUGUCUUCUGUUAUUGAAAUGAGUUUUUUAAUGUGCAGUUCUGUUUGUGUUCUUUUGGAUUAUUCAAAUAUCAAAAGAAACAUUCUUCCAUUAAGUUGCCUUUGUAAUAUGAAUGCAUUAGUACAAAGUAAUAAAAUGUAUACUGCAUAAAAAUAAAAAAUAAAAA